CAUCCAAAGGUAUGUACUCCCUCAAACAAACAUCCAAAGGUAUGUACUGCCUCAAACAAACAUCCAAAGGUAGGUUCUGCCUCAAACAAACAUCCAAAGGUAUGUACUGCUUUAAACAAACAUCCAAACGUAGGUUCUGCCUCAAACAAACAUCCAAAGGUAGGUUCUGUCUCAAACAAACAUCCAAAGGUAGGUUCUGUCUCAAACAAACAUCCAAAGGUAUGUACUCCCUCAAACAAACAUCCAAAGGUAUGUACUCCCUCAAACAAACAUCCAAAGGUAUGUACUCCCUCAAACAAACAUCCAAAGGUAUGUUCUGCCUCCAACAAACAUCCAAAGCAAGAUAAGGACCAGUUACAGGGACAAAGUUAA